CGACCGAACCGAAGCUGUCAAAAUUUUCACUUUUCGCCGAGUCUCACAACUUUUGCGACACGUUUCAGCAUCGGUUGCCGAAAAAUUGGAUUAAAACUCGGAAUAUUCGUUGAAUAGAGCCGUGUGUCCCCUGGCAAGAAAUGGCCACAAAGUUAGUUUGCAGUUACAACGAGCCGGCAAUCGGAGGAUUGAUUGCAGCCGAACUGAUCAAGAGUACCAAUCCGAUCGAGAUCAGCUGGGGCAACGAAACGUCGAUUACUUUCUCGAACCGGACGCUGAUUUGUGUGACGAAUAAUGAUGUUUUGCGAUCGCUGGCCCGGAAUGCCCCGAAGUAUCAACUGUAUGGGAAAACGCCGAUAGAAAGGACGCAGAUUGACCACUGGUUGACUUACACGCUAUCAGUGGAAAAAGAUCCGGCGGAUGAAUUGAAGUAUCUGAACAAGUGCUUGGCGCCGCUGACGUUCCUGGUGGCAAACCAUUUGACCAUCGCCGAUCUUGCCGUUUACAAUCAACUGUUCAGCAGUUACGAAGAGUUGAAGGCCAUUGGGAUCCCGGUUCAUGUCCAACGAUGGUACGAUUUGAUUUCCGCCCAAGCAGCGGUAAAGAAUGUCCUGCAGGCCCUCCCGAAAGAGGCAAAGCGCACGAAAAAGAUUCAGCAGAGAGGAGGAAGCGCUGAAAAGUCGUCGCCGACGUCGGAACGGAAGCAGGAAGGGAAAUUUGUGGAUCUUCCGGGAGCUGAGAUGGGGAAGGUCGUUGUGCGUUUCCCUCCGGAGGCGUCCGGAUAUUUGCAUAUUGGACAUGCUAAGGCGGCCCUGCUGAACCAGUAUUACCAGCAGGCAUUCCAGGGAAAACUGAUCAUGAGAUUCGACGACACAAACCCUGCCAAGGAAAACGUCCACUUCGAGCAAGUCAUUCUGGAGGACUUGGAAAUGCUGCAGAUUAAGCCGGAUUUGUUCACGCACACUUCGCAGUAUUUCGAUCUGAUGCUGGGAUACUGUGAGCAGCUGAUGAAGGAAGGUAAAGCCUAUGUGGAUGACACCGAGCCGGAACAGAUGAAGAAGGAACGCGAAGAGCGCGUUGAAUCCAAGAACCGAAGCAAUCCCGUUGAAAAGAACCUCCAGAUGUGGCAGGAGAUGCUUAAAGGAACUCCUCUCGGGCAGAAGUGUUGCGUACGGGCCAAGAUCGACAUGUCUUCGCACAACGGGUGCAUGCGCGAUCCGACCAUCUAUCGGUGCAAGAACGAACCUCACCCCCGUACCGGAACCCAGUACAAGGUGUACCCGACGUACGAUUUUGCCUGUCCGAUCGUGGAUGCCAUCGAAAACGUAACGCACACCCUACGUACCAUGGAGUACCACGAUCGGGACGAUCAGUUCUAUUGGUUCAUCGAGGCGCUCGGAUUGCGCCGUCCAUACAUUUGGGAGUACAGUCGGCUGAACAUGACCAAUACGGUGCUGUCGAAGAGGAAGCUGACCUGGUUCGUGGAGAGCGGACUGGUGGACGGGUGGGACGAUCCACGGUUUCCAACGGUGCGGGGUAUUCUGAGGCGCGGCAUGACUGUCGAUGGAUUGAAGGAGUUCAUCAUUGCACAAGGCUCAAGCAAAUCGGUUGUCUUCAUGGAAUGGGACAAGAUCUGGGCGUUCAACAAGAAGGUCAUCGACCCGAUUGCCCCUCGCUACACAGCAUUGGAAAACGAAAAUCGGGUAGUGGUCAAUGUGGAAGGUGCCAAGCUGGAAGCCGUACAAGUUCCGGUUCAUCCCAAAAACGCCGAAAUCGGCCUGAAAACGGUUUGGCUGGGCCCACGUGUACUGAUAGAUUACGCUGAUGCUAUCGAGCUAAAGGAAGGAGAAAAUGCCACCUUUAUCAACUGGGGCAACCUGAUGAUCAAGAAGGUGCACAAGGAUGCUAGUGGCAAGGUCACUUCAGUGGAUGCAGCCCUAAACCUGGACAACAAGGACUUUAAGAAGACGCUGAAAUUGACGUGGCUCUGCGAACAAGAUCCUUCCGAAUAUCCACCCACUUUCUGUGUGUAUUUUGAACAUAUCAUCAACAAGGCAGUGCUGGGAAAAGACGAGGACUUCAAGACCUACAUCGGUCAUCAGACGAGGACCGAGGUGGCAAUGCUGGGAGAUCCCGAGCUGAAGAAGCUCAAGAAGGGCGACAUCAUCCAACUGCAGCGUCGUGGCUUUUUCAAGGUAGAUCAAGCCUACCAAUCGGCUAGCGAAUUUAGUGGCGUCGAAACGCCAGUGGUGCUGUUCUCGAUUCCGGACGGGCAUGCCAAGGAGCAGCCGACUGCCGGAGCACCGAAGAAGGCUGCCGCUGAAAAUGCAAAAAAACAAACUAAGGCUGAAAGUGGAAACAAGUCGACGCCAAAGGCAGCUACGAAUGUGACGUGCUCCGCUGCUCAAAUUAAUGAUCAGAUUGUGCAACAGGGCGACAAAGUAAGGAAACUCAAAGCGGACAAGGCAGCCAAGCCAGACGUUGAAGCGGCGGUUAAGCUUCUGUUGGAACUUAAGACUAAGUUUAAGGAAGCCACUGGCCAGGAUUGGAAACCGGGAGUAACUAUUCCAGCGGCUGCUACUGCCGCCAAGCCAGACACAUCGGCCGAGUCAAUUAACGCCAAGAUCGUGGAACAAGGUAACGUUGUUCGUGAGUUGAAGACCAAAAAGGCUCCGAAGGCGGAUGUUGACGGGGCCGUCAAAGUGUUACUAGACCUCAAAGCACAGUACAAAUCUGCCACUGGUAAGGAUUGGAAACCGGACGCCGCUCCUGCUCCACAAGCUGCAGCACCCGCUAAGAAAGAAUCCACUCCGGCAAACGCUUCAGCUGCUACCAUCAACGAGAAGAUCGUUAAGCAAGGUGAUAUCGUUCGGGAUCUGAAAUCGAAGAAAGCAGGCAAGGCGGAAGUUGACGCCCAAGUCAAAGUUUUGUUGGACUUAAAAGCUCAAUACAAGACAACCACCGGUCAGGAUUGGAAACCAGGCUGUGUGCCAUCGGUUGAAUCAAAGCCACAGGUACCGUCAGGAAACACAGAAACCGAAUUGCUAGAGAAGAUAGCCGCACAAGGUGACAAAGUCCGAACUCUGAAAACGAACAAAGCCGACAAAGCUGCUGUUGAGGUUGAAGUGAAGACGCUACUUCAACUCAAGACCGAUUACAAAACCCUCACCGGUAAGGACUGGAAACCAGGCACCGUUGCUGCGGCUGCUCCUGCCACCACACAAAACAAAGAAAACAUGGCUCCAACGAAUACCGCAACUCCAGGGUCGGACAAGGACGCUCUGGUAGCCAAGGUCAACGCUCAAGGAGAAACGGUUAGAAAUCUGAAAUCUUCUGGCGCCUCCAAAGAUCAGGUAGAUGCAGCAGUUAAAGCGCUACUCGAUCUGAAGGCUGAAUACAAGAAGCUAACCGGAACUGACUUCCCGGUAGCUGGACGCACUCCGAAACCGGCAGCGCAAAAGAAGGAAGCCAAGAAAGAGGAGAAACCAAAGGCCAAGCCAGAACCUGCCAAACCGAAAGAGGACGGCACUGGUCCGAAGAAGCAAACCCGUCUGGGCUUAGAGGCCACCAAGGAGGACAAUCUGCCAGAUUGGUACUCGCAGGUCAUCACCAAGGGAGAAAUGAUCGAAUACUACGACGUGUCCGGGUGCUACAUUCUGCGCCACUGGUCGUUCGCCAUCUGGAAGGCCAUAAAGGCGUGGUUCGAUGCUGAAAUCACCCGAAUGGGCGUCAAGGAGUGCUACUUCCCGAUCUUCGUGUCGAAAGCGGCGCUAGAACGUGAGAAAUCGCAUAUUGCUGAUUUCGCACCGGAGGUGGCUUGGGUUACCAAGAGCGGCGAGUCAGACCUGGCCGAACCGAUUGCGGUGCGUCCGACGUCGGAAACGGUCAUGUAUCCUGCCUAUGCCAAGUGGAUCCAAUCGUAUCGCGAUUUGCCAAUCCGGUUGAAUCAGUGGAACAAUGUUGUGCGAUGGGAAUUCAAGCAUCCGCAACCAUUCUUGCGUACCCGGGAGUUCCUGUGGCAAGAAGGACACACCGCAUUCGGUGUAAAGGCUGACGCUGAGCAGGAAGUGCUGGACAUUCUUGAUCUCUACGCCAAGGUCUACACCGACCUGCUCGCCAUUCCGGUCGUGAAGGGACGCAAAACCGAGAAGGAGAAAUUCGCCGGCGGUGACUACACGACCACGGUGGAAGCGUUCAUUUCCGCGUCAGGCCGAGCGAUUCAGGGUGCCACCAGCCACUUCUUGGGUCAAAACUUCUCCAAGAUGUUCGACAUCGUGUUUGAGCAUCCGGAAACGAAGGAAAAGGAGUACGUUUAUCAGAAUUCAUGGGGCAUCACGACGCGUACUAUCGGUGUCAUGAUCAUGGUACAUGCCGAUAAUCAAGGACUUGUUUUGCCGCCACGUGUUGCCUGCAUCCAGGCAAUCAUUGUACCCUGUGGAAUCACUGCCAACACCACCGAUGACGAAAGGAAAUCUCUCUACGAAAGCUGCAAGGAGCUCGAAGAAGAAUUGGUGAAAGCUGGAGUUCGUUGCGAAGGAGAUUACCGGGACAACUAUUCUCCUGGAUGGAAGUACAACCACUGGGAGUUGAAGGGAGUCCCAAUCCGCAUUGAGCUGGGCUUCAAGGAUUUGAAGAAUAAGCAGUUUGUGGCCGUCCGUCGUGACACCGGCGAAAAGAUAACGGUCAAGAGAGAACAAGCAGCGAAGGAUAUUCCAGCCCUGAUGGAAACUAUUCACGAAAACAUGUUUAAGAAGGCCGACAAAGAUCUUCACGAUCAUCUGAAGGUCACCAAGAAGUGGGACGAGUUUAUCCAGUUCCUGGAUACCAAGAAUAUCAUCAUGGCUCCGUUCUGCGGUGAAUCGCCGUGCGAAGACAAGAUCAAGGCCGAAAGCGCCCGUGACGAUGCGGAAGCCGAACCCGGUGCACCGGCUAUGGGAGCCAAGACGUUGUGUAUUCCGUUCGAACAGCCGGCCAAGAUUACGAAGGACGACAAGUGUGUACAUCCAGCGUGUGACAGAAGUGCGAAGUUUUACACACUUUUCGGCAGAAGCUAUUGAGGGAAUUUCGAAAGGAAAGGAGAGUGACAAUACGCAGGCUAGCUUCGGGAUAAUAAUUUAUUUAAUCUCGGCGUUAAUUUUGAAACUGUUUUUUUUUGCAUUGAACUUAAAUAUCCUCUAGUUGUGUCAAGCUAAUGCUUGUAUCUUACUAUAAAACGUAACCUCGUGAAAGUGAA